AUGGCCGAUGAUAAGAAGGAUCCGAAGAGCUCCGAGUCGGAGCACAUCAACUUGAAGGUGUUGGGGCAGGACAACGCAGUUGUGCAGUUUAAGAUCAAAAAACACACUCCACUCCGCAAGCUAAUGAACGCCUACUGCGAUCGGGCGGGAUUGUCUCUGCAAGUUGUCCGCUUUCGGUUCGACGGACAGCCGAUUAACGAGAACGACACUCCGACCACGCUGGAAAUGGAGGAAGGCGACACGAUUGAAGUGUACCAGCAGCAGACAGGCGGCCAGUAGAA